AGUAAUUACUAUUGGUGCACAUGUUGCGUCACUGAGCAGAUGUGACCGGUCUUUGACUGAGCUGUGCGAGAGGUCGCUUUUUUGGAAGGAGGAUUCUAAGCAGUGACUCUUUGUCAUAAUUUCUUUUCUAGACAGAGAAAGAGAAAUUUUGGAGACGCUUAUAAAACGCUAACCAUCUCUGUUAAUUUGUCUGGACCUCGCCGAGAAUCUUGAAAACAAGAAAAUGGUAAAAAAGCGAAGUGACAAGCGACAGGCUGACUCGAUUUCAGCAGAGUCAUCCGCGCACGAAAAGCCAUGCCUGCGAGAUGAGGAGCUGAUUACAGGAAAAGCAUAUUCAGAAGGUGGAUCAGCUCGGAUGUCUUUAUUGAUUUUGGUGUCAAUUUUUCUGCUGGCUGCAUCUGUGAUGUACCUGGUUUAUCAAAAUUUCCCAGAGUUAAAUGAGGAAGAAAAGGAGAAGAUAAAAAUACCAAAAAACAUGGAUGAUGCCAAAGCACUGGGAACUGUGUUAUCUAAAUAUAAAGAUACAUAUUACACUCAAGUUCUUCUAGCAUAUUUUGCCACUUAUAUCUUUUUACAAACCUUUGCUAUUCCAGGCUCAAUAUUUUUGAGUAUUUUGUCAGGAUAUCUUUACCCAUUUCCCUUGGCACUAUUCCUGGUGUGCUUGUGCUCAGGACUUGGAGCUUCCUUCUGUUAUAUGCUCUCCUACCUAGUAGGAAGACCAGUGGUCUACAAAUAUUUAACAGAAAAGGCACUGAAAUGGUCACAACAGGUAGACAAACACCGGGAACAUUUAAUAAAUUAUAUCAUCUUCCUCAGAAUUACACCGUUCCUUCCUAAUUGGUUCAUUAAUAUAACAUCUCCUGUAAUCAAUGUGCCUUUAGGAGUUUUUUUCAUUGGCACAUUUUUGGGAGUUGCACCUCCAUCUUUUGUUGCUAUAAAUGCUGGAACAACAUUAUAUAAGCUUGCAACAGCAGGGGAAGCAGUGUCCUGGAACUCUCUUUUCAUUCUUGGGAUUCUUGCUGUCCUAUCCAUUCUACCAGUCUGUUUCAGACAGAAGCUUCAACAGAAACUGGAGUAAAUUUGAUUUUUAUUGCAGCUCAGGAACUCUGUUUUAAUUCUUGUUUACUAUUUAUGAGAUUGUAAUAUUGUACUUUAGUUUUUAUUUUCCAUUUGGACCCUGUUAGUUGUGGGUUUCAUUAAUGUUUGUGUAUAUAUAAUGCCUCAUUAGGUAAACAAAUUGAAAAACUUCCUCUUCAAAUUAAUGGAAAGUAUUUUAAUUUAACAUAAUAUAUUUGUAAAAGAGUAACAAAAUGAUGUUGAAGCAGCUAAAUUACCCAAGUAGGUUGCAGUUUGAAUAUUCUUCCUAAAGGUUAUAUGCAUUUAAAUGUAUAAAAGUAUGGCAUAAAUGCACACACAUGUUGGUAUAUAUUAUGACCUUCCAAUAGGUUAUUUCAGAAUGAAACUGAAUCUGGUACUUUAACCUUAUAAUUAUAUGUCUUCUGUUUAUUUAUUAUAAUGUUUUUCUAAAAUUAAAGGUAGUUCUGUGGAUGAUAGAAUUCCAUGUAUAUGCACACUACACUUUGCCAGAAAGAGAUGUUGAAACAGCAGUUUUUUAAUGCCAUACAUACAUUUCUGUAGUGUUCAAAAUGAGGGGUUAAAUAUGAGUUGCAGUUAAAAAGCAAAAUUGAUUCUAACAGAUGUUUAGGCCUCAGAUAAAGUGAGGGAAAUAGACUAAGACAAUUUAUAAAGUGUAUACAAAAAUAUAGGGUAUAUAGUUAAUCUGUUAUUAACUUUGAGCAGAGAAGAUCUAUGAGAAGCAACAAAGACUUUUGGUGCCACACUUGUAUGCAGAUAAGUGAACUACUGUAUUCAUAUUGUUUAAUUUUCCAAACAGGAAUUUACCUGUGAAGAUAUGAAACAUAAGGUAAUAUACUAUUUCAUCUGAGUGCGAACUAAAAACUAUGUUAACAUUUUUCAUAUAUUUGAUUUUUUUUACAGGAUAAUAUGUGGUGUGCAAAAUGUGCCAAAUUAAUGACAAUUUAUGGAAUAUGUAAAUCCUUUCACUAAAGAACCACAUUGUUAUUAAUGUGUAUUUAUAAUUGGAAGGGAUGGUGGCUGUAAAUGUAAGGAAAUAGUAUAAUUAUCUUUACAGUCUGCACUUUGUGUCUUGUAUUACUAUUUAAUUCAUUUGUAUAUUUAACUGACUGUCACUAUUCAUUUAUUUGUAAAAAAAAACAAAAAAAACAAACAAUUUUUAGGUAAAAUAGAAAAAUAUACUGCACACCUUUUAUAUAAAAAGUCUUAAGCCAGUUAAUGCAGUGUUAGAGUAUAUAUAUAUAUAUAUAUUUUUUUUUUUUUCUCUCUCUCUCUCCUGCAUUUUUAAGGUUAUUUUGUGCUUGUAUCUGAAAUAUUGAUCCACAAAUUCCAGCUCUUCUGAUUUAUGGCAUAUUUUGGUGUUCAUGGAAUAAAGCCAAACAUGUCAAAGUUGUGUUCAAAUUAAUAGCUCACAAACCUUUUUUGACCCUUUAAAAAAAAUGUCUGGUGUCCGGCUUUGGAACAGAUUGCUGUACUACCUAGUGUAUUACCAGAGCCCCUUACUUACAUGUUACCUAAUUUAAUAAAAAUCUUCUUGUACUAGUGAUAAAAUAUUAGUAAAUAAGUAGCACAGGAAGUGUAGAGUUAGUCUUUCAACAGUUGUAUACAUGACAAUAUAUACACUUCUACAUUUCAUACUCAAUAGUAGUUCUUGAGUCCACAAACUAGUUAAAGAAACUGUAAAUGAAAAAAUCCAACUUAGUGUGGGAUUUGAGUAAAUUGUUUAAAAGUGAUUGAAUAAAAACAUGUAGCUGUGGUGGUCUCUUUAAUCAGGCAUGAGUAUCACUAGUAGAACUCCAGAGCUGCUUUGCGCAUCAGUAUCUUUUUUUACUGUGAUUUCAGAGAAGUUAGUUUUUUGCCUUAACUCUCAUAAACAUAUUUUAUCAAACAGCAGCUUAUACCUGUGUAUUUUUUCCUGAACAUUUUAAUUUCAUAAUUUAUAGUGUUAAUUGUCAGUAUUAA